UUACUGCGCAGAGCAGCGAGUUGUUUCGUUACGUGUAAGUUAAUAGUUUUACUGCGCUCACAAUGAGGGAGAUUGUUCAUCUGCAAGCUGGACAGUGCGGCAACCAAAUUGGUGCCAAGUUCUGGGAAGUGAUCAGUGACGAGCAUGGGAUUGACCCUACAGGCAGUUACCAUGGCGACAGUGAUCUUCAGCUGGACAGAAUUAAUGUCUACUACAAUGAAGCCUCGGGUGGCAAAUAUGUCCCCCGUGCUGUGCUGGUGGACUUGGAGCCGGGCACCAUGGACUCAGUAAGGUCUGGACCUUUUGGACAGAUCUUCAGACCAGACAACUUUGUUUUUGGUCAGAGUGGUGCCGGUAACAACUGGGCAAAGGGACACUACACUGAAGGUGCUGAGCUGGUGGACUCAGUCCUGGAUGUGGUUCGUAAGGAGGCUGAGAGCUGCGACUGCCUGCAGGGAUUUCAGCUCACCCACUCGCUGGGUGGUGGUACUGGCUCAGGCAUGGGCACACUGCUUAUUAGCAAGAUCCGUGAAGAGUACCCUGACCGUAUUAUGAACACCUUUAGUGUAGUCCCCUCACCUAAGGUCUCAGAUACGGUGGUAGAGCCCUAUAACGCUACCCUGUCUGUCCACCAACUGGUAGAAAACACAGACGAGACUUACUGCAUUGACAAUGAAGCUCUGUAUGACAUCUGCUUCCGCACCCUUAAGCUCACAACACCAACCUAUGGUGACCUCAAUCACCUUGUUUCAGCCACCAUGAGUGGAGUCACAACGUGUCUGAGGUUCCCUGGCCAGCUCAAUGCUGACCUGCGCAAACUGGCUGUAAACAUGGUGCCCUUCCCUCGUCUGCACUUUUUCAUGCCCGGCUUUGCCCCCCUAACCAGCAGAGGCAGCCAGCAGUACCGUGCUCUCUCUGUGCCAGAGUUAACACAACAGAUGUUCGAUGCCAAGAACAUGAUGGCUGCCUGUGACCCACGCCAUGGCCGCUACCUGACAGUGGCUGCCGUGUUCCGUGGUCGCAUGUCCAUGAAGGAGGUUGAUGAGCAGAUGCUCAAUGUGCAGAACAAGAACAGCAGUUACUUUGUUGAGUGGAUCCCCAACAAUGUUAAAACAGCCGUCUGUGACAUCCCACCACGUGGCCUCAAGAUGGCAGCUACCUUUAUUGGCAACAGCACUGCCAUCCAGGAGCUGUUCAAACGCAUCUCUGAGCAGUUCACGGCCAUGUUCAGGCGCAAGGCCUUCCUUCACUGGUACACAGGGGAGGGUAUGGAUGAGAUGGAGUUCACAGAGGCUGAAAGCAACAUGAAUGACCUGGUGUCUGAGUAUCAGCAGUACCAGGAAGCCACCGCCGAAGAGGAAGGAGAGUUUGAGGAUGAAGCGGAUGAGGAGCUGGCUUAAAUAUGUCAAUUGUUUGGUUUUUUUUCCAUGUUUUUCCGUUCACUACUUUUCUUUGUCACUUUCUUACUGUUUGUCCAGUCAUUCUAAAGUUGUACCUUAGUAAGCCAAAUAAAAUAUGCAGUUACUGAUGGCAUCUGUUAAACUAAUUUGUUUGCAUUUAAUUAUAACUUGCUGUUAUUAAAUGUAAACUCGUGUU